CUGAACACAGACGAGAAGAUGCAGAUGCUUGAGAAGGCUGCGCAGGCCAAGACACUGGUACUAACCAUGGUGCAUCAGGACGGAAGCACUCAGUUAGAUCCAGAACAGAAGCUCACUCCACCAGUGUGUGGUCUCCUCGUUCUGAUGAAGAACGACCUGGAUCUCAGCACACCACAGGACUCUCUGGGGUCUAACGACAGUGCGGUCUUCUUAAAACUAGAUCAAACGCCUGCGUGGGCCCAACAGCAAACACAUCAGAGCCAGGAGCUUUUUACGAGAAAUAUGCUGUUACAGGUACUAUCAAGAUCUCAACUGGUUGUGUGCUAUAAAGCCAAGGAUUUGCUGCGUACAGCACUGCAGUUUUACAAACAAGACCUCAACUGGAAACAAGUGGCAGGCUGUCAUAUCCAGGACCCACAGGUGGCAGGGUGGCUACUGGAUCCUGCAUAUCCCUUCUCUUGCUACCAGGAUCUUCUCAGCAAACACUGCAAAAGACCCAGCUCAACACCUGCCCAGGGCACCAAGAAGAUUUCUCAGGUCAUCUCAGAUCUCUGUUCCCUCUACUGGCUCAAUAUGGAGCUAUGCUCAAAACUACAGAGCCGGGGGCUGUGGGAGCUUUACUCAGAUAUGGAGCUGAGCAUGAUUCCUGUCCUGGCAGUCAUGGAGAGCCAUCACAUCCAUGUGGACAAAGAAGCUCUUAAGAGAACUUCAGAGCUACUGGGGACUAAGAUGAAGCAGCUGGAGCAGGAGGCCCACCGAGCAGCAGGGCAAAAGUUCCUGGUCACCAGCAACACUCAGCUACGAACAGUUUUGUUUGAGAAGCUGCGCCUCCAUGAGCGCUGUGAGAACAAGAAACUUCCUAAGACCAUCAAUAAACAGCAGCAGUCAACAUCAGAAGCUGCGCUGUUGCAGCUUCAGGACCUGCACCCUCUGCCAAAGAUUAUUCUAGAGUGCAGACAGAUUCACAAGAUCAAGUCCACUUUUGUCGAUGGAAUUCUCUCAUGCAUGAUGAGCAAGAACUACAUUUCCUCUACAUGGCACCAGACCAGUGCUGUGACUGGCAGAAUCUCAGCGAAACACCCAAACUUCCAGGCUCUGCCGAGACAGCCACUUCAAGUCACCAAGAAGCAGCACGUCCAAGGAAAGGAGGAGGAGGUGGUGACUGUUCACCCUCGAGCCAUGUUCAUCCCACAGAAGGGUUGGACCUUCCUUGCUGCAGACUUCUGCCAGGUGGAGCUGCGUCUGUUGGCUCAUCUCUCCUCCGACCCUGAGCUGCUCCGCGUUUUUACCAACCCCCUGGCCGACGUCUUUGCCAUGCUGGCCUCUCAGUGGAAGGGGCUGAGUGAGGGUGAGGUGACCUCUGAGGAUCGGGAACAUGCAAAACGCAUUGUCUACUCUGUUGUGUACGGGGCAGGUCGUGAGCGUCUAUCCGGGAUCUUAGGAGUGAGUCCUCACCAGGCCAGCCAGUUCCACGACAGCUUCCUCCAGACCUACAAAGAUCUCCAAGCCUUCAUCCAGAGGACCAUCCAGCUGUGCCACAAGCAAGGUUAUGUGCUAUCCAUCCUGGGUCGUCGGCGGACCCUCCCUAACAUCAACUCUCCAGACUGGAGCAUCCGUAUGCAGGCUGAGAGGCAGGCUGUCAACUUUAUGGUCCAAGGUUCUGCUGCUGAUCUGUGUAAGAUGGCCAUGAUCAGAAUCUUCAACCUGGUCUCCUCCAGCACCUCGCUGUCUGCCAGGCUGAUAGCGCAGCUCCACGAUGAGCUCCUGUACGAAGUGGAGGACUCCCAGGUGGAACACUUUGCAGCUUUGGUGAAGAGCACCAUGGAGUCCCUGCAGCAUAUAGACCAUCUGGGCGUCCAUCUCAAGGUCCCCCUGAAGGUGGCAGUCUCCAGUGGCAAGUCCUGGGGCUCCAUGUCUGAGCUUAACAUCCCUCCAGCGACUCCCUCUCCUUCUCUUUGA